CCUUCCGACGCGCGCGAUGGCUGACAAGAACGUACUAGAAGAAAGGACAAGAGAAGGUCCGCCGCGGACGUUCCACACAAGCACAUGGAUUCCGUACAAAGACAACGUCUCCCAUCUUGGCUAUGUUGUCCACGCUGUGGACCAAGAGAUAUACACGAACCCACACCUUUUCAACGAUCCGGUACCCCUCCUUGAAAGCGGGUAUCGGCUAUUUCGUUCCCCCGUGCGACAGCAAUACCGUACAAACCGAUCCAAGUCGCUUCCUGCGAUCAAGUCGUCAAUUUUGCACCAUACCUUUGGGAGAGUGAACAUCCACCUUCAGUUGGAAGGAAAUUUUCACCCUCAACGAGGUGAUGGGCUGCAGUGUGACAACGCCGCAACCAACUUGGAUACCAGUCGUCAAAUACGUCGAUCGCCAGGACAAUCACGUGGGAAGUUCAACGUCCCUCCGGACGGCUCACGGCAGCUCGUUCAAGCCGUAUCCUAUCUCACCACCGACAAAUUGAGCUGCCCAGAAACGUACCGAACUCAAGCUCGACUUCAUCAUGGCUACAUGAGCGAGCUGUUUAAAAGUCACGAGCUGAGCUACUGGAUGGACAUGCAUCUCUUGCAAGCGAACUCGUAUUCCCAAGCUAUUCAACCUCAAAGCCCGCUCAACGAAUUCGUGCCUACCACCUAUUUCAACCAAAUCGUCCAUUCGUCGAACUACAACAAAGCGGUGAACUGGCAACUAUCGACGACACCAUCGCGAGGUUUCCAUGGUGGCCAUUCGAAGUCCGUCAAAGUUUUGGAGCGCACAUCCAGCCAACCCAAGACAUUUGCUGAAGCUGUGUCAGCGGACCGCUCCCCAUCAAAGCCAGAAGAUAUUUCUGCGCACCUAAUGCAAUAUUGUUUCGCACAUCGUGCCGCUCUAAUCAAAUGUGCAUUAGGGACGGAGGGGGUCGUCCAUCGAAAAGGCGCCCAAGAAACUAUCGCAAGAAGCAACGAAAAAUGCGAAACAAAAUCGACGAGGCUGAAUCAAAUCCAGCGAGUCAUGACAGUACACUGUCACUCGACGAUUCUGUCCUGCAUCAGUGCGACAACUCGGCCGCGUCGCUGGACAUGACAGCUUCACCUUUGAUGGACCAACACAGUAAAGCCGAGACCAUCGCCACUGUGACUGAGCUAUCGUCGUUCAAGAAAUAUCGACGCCGUGGUAAUCCCCGCCCUCGACAGGCCACACAUGGCAGGGAAGUCCACGGCGCGCAUUUCGAUAAUACUACCGUGCUGCCCAAUGCGGCCUAGUCGGGAGUGCGUCACACAAUUGCAUUCUGUUUGUAUCCAUGCGUGUGUGAAGUUGAUAACUUUAAAGUCUGUUAUCCAGCGCAUUUACUUCAGAAAUCAAGGGGGUCCAACAAAAAGACUGCGUGUGAGGGCUUGGACUGUGUGCGAUGGAAGCGACGGGACGUGCAGUUGAGCUUGGAGAAUGUCUUGGGCGACCCUAGCCACCAGUUGCGGAAUCAAUAUGGUCAACGCAUAGUGAGUUACAUACCGUUGCAAUUGCUGUUGCGCGAAUCGGUACAGUGCCUUUCCUUCCACCCUGCCGGCGAAUGCAAGAUGCUCAGGCGACACGCACCAUUCUUCACGACACAAAGAAAGCCACAGAUUAUCGUUGUUUGAUAGAGCGUGCAAUGCUCGACAGGACGAUCCAGCGGUCACGAGCGAAGUCCCGUCGAGGAAACUCAAAAUCCCGAGGAUGCAUUGGUCGUUGAUGGCUCCAAAGAGGUGCAGGUUCGGUGUCAAGUAGGCUGGAUUAACAUAGUAGUAGCUCCUAAGCGGCGCGUCAUAGCUCACGGGGCUGCGAUACACCACCAUCGCUUGAGAGGACACUUCAUCGGCGUCGCGCAUUCGCAAGAUUUGAA